GGGACACUUCUUCCUCUCCCCAUUAGGUUGCAUCGAUUGGUUGGAAUACCGUGUCGGUCACCAUGUAUCGUCUCAACCUUAACAAGAUCCCGUCCGGCUCGAGGCUCCUCCUAGCACCCUCAAAAGGUCUCGCCUCAAGAUUCAAGAAAUCGUCUCAGGAAUUACGCUAUCUGGCCACGGCCACUAACAGUGAAUCUCAGACGAGUCGAUCAUCCACACAAGAACCGGAGGGCGGACAGUUCACAGUCUCGAAAUCGGAGAUUGAACAUUUCAAUAAGUUAGCUUCGACAUGGUGGAAUGAACAUGGGGCCUUUGGAUUAUUGCACAGGAUGAAUCCGGUCCGCGUACAAUUCAUCAAAGAGCGCCUACUCUAUGACCUUUCGCGACCCGAGUCCGGAUCGGGAGCUGGGAGUGGAUUGGACGAACGUCAGUCAGAUGCGGAUUCGUACGAUUUCUUGGCGGGCAAACGGGUACUGGAUGUCGGAUGUGGGGGCGGAAUCUUCUCAGAAGUACUCGCGAGACUCGGCGCUCAAGUGCUAGCGAUCGACGCCGCAGAGGAUAGCAUCAAGGCCGCCCGUCUACAUGCCCAAUCCGAUCCCCUCCUAAAUGACCUUCUCUCCAGCCCGAAUCCGAACCUGCUCUACCGUCACUGCUCCGUCGAAUCCUUACUCCAACCGGAUAACUUAAAUCAUCGUGCUCAGUACGAUAUCGUUUGUGCUAUGGAGGUGAUCGAACACGUCGAAAAUCCUGCCGGUUUCCUCACUGCUCUGGCCGAACUCACGAAGCCGGGUGGACAGAUUAUUCUUUCGACCAUCUCACGCACGCCACUCUCAAAAUUACUGACAAUAACGCUAGCCGAAUCCAAUCUACCGAUCGUCGGCAUCGUGCCCCCAGGUACACACACUUACAACAAGUUCAUCAAACCCGACGAACUCACCGAAUUCUUUCGUGGUCAAUUGGGCUGGGCAACCUCUCACGAAAGGUCCGAUCUCGAGGUCCGUGGGUGUACAUACGAUCCCCUAGCGUCUCGAUGGAAACUUUUCCCCAGAGACGCCUUCUGGGCCGAGUGGUGUAAUUACUUCUUUGGAGUCAAAAAACCUCUGUGAUUUGUAUCUCCUAAAAACCCAUACCCCUUCAGUUUUUCACUUUUGCUUCCCUUCCUUCCGCUUUGAUCUACAAUUGGUGGUCAAUAAUAUAUUGCUUAUGUACAAAAACAAAAAGUUCCAUCAGGCGCACGAUCCCUGACCUUGUACUUAACUUUGUGCUUUGUCAUCACCUAGUCUCACCUUGAAUGAUUAUUCCCAACUACG